AUGUUCAGGCCACAGAUUAAAUGCAAUCGAAAGUGUUACCUGGAAUUACAUUCCUCACACUUACUACAAUUUGGUCGUCGAACUGUUAGCAUUCGGUGCAAAAACAGACGUGACGUAUACUGUGAGAAAGCUAGCAAGACGAUAAAACUGGACGAAGGCGAAUGGCAUAUCAUACGACGUGUGGAUGAUGCGGAGCCGUCGUUCGAAUUGCACCAUCCACAGACUGGUCGAAUAUAUCGUUAUAUAUGUAAAAGUGAAAAGACUGUACUGGAAUGGUAUUCAUCAAUCCGGCGAAUAAUGCAAAAUGCAAUACCUCGAACACCGUCCAAUUUAAUCACUUUUGAUUAG